UAGCCAAACAUGCUCUUAGGUUGGAUGGAAACACUUGUUGGAUGAGAGAAAAUUUCUUAUCCUAUUUUCUCUAUUGUUGUAAAAGAUUGUGAAAAAAAAGAGACAAAACAUUGGGAAAAGAAAACAGUAAGAGCAAAUUUUUAUAAUUAAUUUGUGGUUUUUUAUUUCAUUUAUUUAUUUUUUAGGGGUGCAUUUGAAAUUUUACGAUUCCAUCUGAACUCCUGUGUGUUGGGCAAUUUGAUGUUCAUCUAUCUAGCAAAGAGGGAAGAGGAGAAGUUCACUUGUUUGUUUUUCUUCAAAUUCAACCACACCUGACCUCACUUUUCAUCCUCUCUUCUCUUCUCUUCUCCAUCUUACCCUUAGGGCCUCAUUUCCAUUUCCUUUCCUUUCUUUACUUUAGAUCCGAUCCCUCACUAACCCAACCCAACUCAAUCUCCAUUCUCGUUUCUCACUCUCUACGCCUCCGACCACAGUUUUCCUACUCCACUUUACGGUUUUCUAAGUAAAUCGUCCGACAAAAUGGUUUCCUUCGAAAUGAAUGAUCGGAAAAAGAUUGGAAUAGGAUUGACCGGAUUUGGCGUUUUCUUCUCAUUUCUCGGAAUUAUCUUCUUCUUUGACAAAGGAUUACUUGCCAUGGGCAAUAUCCUCUUCUUCUCAGGGGUGACUCUUACAAUAGGACUAAAGUCCUCUAUGCAAUUCUUCAUGAAACCUCAAAAUUUCAAGGGAACAAUUUCAUUCGGUCUUGGCUUUUUCUUGGUAGUUAUAGGCUGGCCCAUUUGUGGCAUGAUUUUGGAGGCGUAUGGGUUCAUUGUGCUCUUCAGUGGUUUCUGGCCUACACUAGCUGUUUUUCUGCAGAGGAUACCUGUUCUUGGAUGGUUGCUACAACAGCCUUAUAUUAGAUCGUUUUUCGACCGUUAUCGAGGCAGACGGGUGCCUGUGUGAGCUGGGAACUUGGAAUGCUGCAAUUCUGUGGGCAGGCCCACUUGUAAGUCUUUGUAAAAAAUACUAUUGGGUUGGACAGACGACUUUCCUUUCUUUUGAAUUUCAGUUGACAGUAGAAAGUGAUCUCUUAUUACAUGUUUUUCUAUCUUCUAAGAUGAAAACGAUUGGAAAAAAAAAAACAGAAAAAUGGAAAAGAGCUCCAUUGUGUUAGAAGUGCGGCUACCUGCAUUUUCACUUUGCCGAUCAAUAUUUGGUGGUCGUGGUGUUUUUUGGAUUAGUCAUAAUGAAUACGUGAAACUGAUUGGAGAUCGACUUACUAGAAUAACAAAUAGCCUAAUUUUGUGUUUUAAUUCAGACUUUGUUACCUACCAGAAAAGAAAAUAUAUGAUUUUUGUUGUUGUUGUU